AUGAAGGUUUUUGCUGCAAUGACAGCGACAAUGACCGCGCUCUUUGGAGCGACGCUGGCCGCGAACAUUGACAAUGGGUUCACACAAGACGGAGCCACUACUUACUGCAUGGCCGAGAAAGGUUCGGUGGGUGCGUUCAUCUUUGACUCGUUAGAGGUCAGCAGUGUUGGCCGCUGCCCCGUGAGUGUCACGCUUACGCUCACGGACUCAAAGUUUCAGGUGAACGACCCUAUUACAGUCAAGUGGACGGCCACAACGAACCAGGGCCUGGCCGACUCCAUCUUUCCUGACGCUAUUGAUCCGGGCACGCAACUGCCACGUCCUGUGACAAUCUCUAAGUUGUCCGUCUGCACGGCUGGAACAAAUUGCGCCACAAACGUUGCCGGAACGCCUACGGGAGCUGACGGAACGAGCACUGGAGACUUUGUUCCAGGCGGUACGAAGGCACUGGAGACUAACACGUUUAGCCUGGCCACAGCUGGUGACUACAUUAUUGUGGGCCUCGUGGCGUUGCCUGGCAACGGCAGUCUCGGUGUUGCAGCGCACGAGUACAUUGUUUUCAAAAAGAUUAGUGUCGUGUCAGCGGACACUACCACUACGACGCCCACAUCAGCUCGGCCUGCAACAUCUGAAACGCCGCUAACACUGGCGCCCUUGUCUUCCAUAGGUUCUUUGAGCGCAGCCUCAUCGCCCAGCAGCUCCAAGGAAGCGACGACGACCAAGUCCGGUUCUGAAUACAUCCCUGACAGUGCUGCGGAGCAGCGAGUAAAGCCAAACGUGGUGUCUGAUUCCUCGACGAAGAAGACGACCACUCCUGAUGAUAAGCCCAAGCAGACAGAGGAAGACAUGUUGGACUCGAUUAAGCCAGCCUCAACCUCUACGGGCAGCGACGGCAUCGGUGGAAAAGGCGUCGCUAUCAUCGCUGCAGUGGUGGGUUGCUGUAUCGUGGGUAUUGUCGGCUUCAUCUUCGUGAUGCGUCGUCGUAAGCAAGAGAGUACGGACGCUAACAAGGCUCUGGGCACGAACUCUUCAUCCCUGGCUAGCGAUAUGGACGAUAGCAUCCCGAGCAGCAACAACGGCGGCAAGAUUGAUUUCACGUACAUUGCCAACAUUACGGCUCGAAAUAACGAUAUGAAUAGAGCGGAUGACAUGAUGAGCGAGGAAUCAUCAACGGCCAUCAUGUCCUCAGCCGCGCGUGGGUCGGAGUUUAUCUCAAGCAAUGGUAGCUCCUUGCAUUCCCUCCCCAAGAGCAGCCUGGAUACCGAUGAGUACCCCGACAAUGCUAGCUACGGUGUCGCAGGUUCCGCAGGACAGCCAAACAAAGCUAAAACGGAUGCCUACCGCACGGGCAACAUCUCCGUGCUUUUACCGUCUGCCAGCGACACUCAGACGUCCAUGUCCAAUUUUGGUGACUCGAUCGUGUCGGAAAGACAGAAACAGUACCUGAAGUCUGGCGACUUAAACAACUCGGUGUCAUCUCUCAUGGAUUCUCGUCUAGACUCGGUGGAGCAGGCUGAGUUGAAGACCCUCGGAUUUGGCGGCAUUGCUGGACUCAGCGCGGUGAGCGGGUUAUCGGAAGAUGACACGUCCCACUUCGAGGGUAUGAGUGAGCACCACUCGGAUCACGAUUUCUCAAUGUCGUCCCGCCCUUCGGAAGACUCUCGUGCUACGGUAGAAUCGCGAUUUACUGCUGGUUACCGUGCAACGGAAGACUCGCGUGUUAGCGAGGAUUUUCAAGCUGUGGACUUCUCGGAAGCGAUGCACGAAUCGCGACUACAGAGUGGGUUGUCGAAUGCGGAUUCGUAUGGUUUCCGAGAAUCGCGUUCAAGUGUCGACUCGUACACCUCUGGCUUGUCUUCUUACAGCCGUGAAGGCUCACGUAUUAGCGGUUUCAGCGUUGAUUCGAGCUUGGACAGCCCAAUCGGCUCUAGCAAGUAA